AUGAAUACUUAAGAAAACAUAGAAUUAAUGAAUUAUUUGAAGAUAUUUGCACAGCCAUAUGCUUCAAAUAGCCUGAAGAUAUCGAAGGCUUCAUAAUUCAAUAACUUAAGCUAAAGAAGGAACAAGGUUUUAAAACUGGAAUUUUUAGUGAUGAAGAAAUAGAUAAUGUUUUUACUUUGUUUGAUUUAAAGAAAGAUGGGUUCAUCGGAAAAGAAGCUUGCAAAGAUGCCUUAAAAACUUUAGCCUCAUCAGAAUAUUAAUUUAACGAAAUAGAUGAAUAAAAUAUUCCUGAAAAAGUAGAUGCCGCUACUUUUACCAGACUCUGCUUCUCAGUAUUGGGAGUUCAAAAGCAAUGAAGGAUAAAGCAAAUUACUUAAAUAUCUGCUAAAAUAUAAAAAUAUUCAAUUUAACCUAAUGUAAUCUCAUGUUUUAUAAUAAUAUUUAGUUUAGAUUUUCCUUCGUUGA